UGAAAUAAAUAAGUGACCAUGAUGACACAGGGCGGCCCUUCGACACACACUGCCCCAGCAAACCCACAACCCCGAUUAACCCUAAUCUAACCACGGGACCAUUUACAAUGACCAUUAACCGUGGAAGGAUUUCAGAACACCCGGGGGAAUCCCGCCCACCCCGCGGGGAGACUCUUUGCAGAACUGAACCUGCGCCGGAAUCGAACUGCGAACUCCGAAACGCCCCGAACUGUAAGAGCGUCGCGCUGACCGGUUAUACCACUCGUGGCACCCAACGGCGGGCCGAACGGCCGGUUCCUCUUCUGUGCAGUUUUACGGAGACACAAGACACUGCAGAUGCUGGGAUCCGGAGUGAACUCAGCGGGUCGGGCAGCAUCUAUGGAGGGGAAUGGGCAGUUGAUGGUUGGGGUGGAGACCCGUCACCCCUGAUAGAGGGGUGAGAACGGGGGUAAAGGGUGAAGAGAAGGGGUGGAGUAAGAAAUAUCCGGUCAUCUUCCCUCUACUUGACCCGCCGAGUUCUUCCAACGUGUGCGCUGUUGCUCUGUUCUCUGGUACCCACGGCUACAUCUCUGCCCCGCCGAGACCAGCUAUUGCGGGGUUUACGGGUGGCCGAGGGGUGGAGUGGGGGUGGGAACGGGCGCCCCCUUUAAAUAGCCGGGCGUCGAGACGCGGAGAUUGUCCGCCCGGUGCUCCGGCCAGCCGCGGGGAAUUCGCUGAUGCGCCAGCAGCCUCUGGAGGCUGACAUGCCUGUCUAUUUAUAGUGAGCAGGACGGCGGCUGCCGCAAUGUCAGCGGGCGCUGCCUGACUCCCGGGCCGGAGGGGAGAGGCCAGCCAGCCAGCCAGCCAUGGAGCCCCGGGGGCCGUUCCUGAACCCCGCGGCCGUGCUCUCACCCCUGGGGCUGGUGCGCGUCCUGCAGAGCGUGACCUGCUGCAUCGCCCUCAGCCUGGUGGCUCACGACGGGGGCUCAGAGGGGGCCCCCGGCCACUUCUGCAUGUUCUCUUGGGGUUUCAGCCUGGCUCUCAGCGCCCUGAUCGUCUGCUUCGAAUUCACCCGCCUGCACAGCUGCCUGAGCCUGUCCUGGGACAACUUCACCAUCUCCAUCGCCCUGCUGGCAGCCCUGAUGAAUCUGACGGCCACCGUCGUUUACCCGGUGUACUACGUGGAUCUAAAUUGCCAAGACUGCCGCUCCAGGGACUUCAGGAUCUCGGCCACCGUCUGCUCGGCCGUCGCCUGCAUCGUCUACAGCUUGGAGGUACAUUUCACCCGGGCCAGACCGGGACACUUGGCCGGUUACAUGGCCACCACGCCUGGGCUGCUGAAGGUAGUCCAAGCGUACGUGGCCUGCAUCAUCUUCGGCGCCUUGCUCAACGACAGCGAGUACGGUCGCUACGCGGCCACCCAGUGGUGUGUAGCGGUUUACUCCGUCUGCUUCAUCUUCACCGUGCUGGUCAUCGGGCUGAACGUGUCGGGGAGGGCGGCCCUCGUCCACUGCUCCCUGGGCAGAAUGGUCGUGUUGCACACUUUCUUCUCCGCCCUGCUGUACCUGAGCGCCGCCGUCGUCUGGCCCAUCUUCUGCUUCGACAGCAAGUACGGCUCGUCGGAGCGGCCGGCCAGCUGCAGCCGCGGCCACUGCCCCUGGGACAGCCAGCUGGUCAUCGCCAUCUUCACCUAUGUCAACCUCAUCCUGUACGUGGCCGACCUGGUGUACUCGCAGAAGAUCCUGUACGUGACCCAGUCCUGAGCAAUCGCCCCACCGUCGGUCACCCAAAGACCCGAGAGACUGCAGAACCUAUGCUACGGAGAUGCGGGAGA